AUGGCGGGCUCCUUAAUCACAGCCGGAUUUGCAGCUUUAGCGAUUUUAGUUAACGGGCAUCCAGUAGAAAAUAACGAACUUAUUAGGCGUUUGGGUGUACCAUCGCGCAUAGUAGGGGGUGAUACUGCUCCUGAGGCCUACGCUCCAUACAUGGCAGCACUGGUUUGUGGCGAAUCCGUUAAAAGCCUUAUAUGUGGAAGCUCAAUCAUCAGCAAGCGGCAUAUUCUGACUGCUGCUCAUUGUAUUGAUCCCGUGGUUGUAAAUGACGUUUUAAUUUCAUCAUUUCAUGCAGUAAUCGGCUCAAAUUUAUGGAAUUCAACGAAGCACAUUGCAAAAUUCAGCAACUUUCUCAAUCAUCCGUCUUGGGAUAGCCAGCGAAUCAAAAACGAUGUAGGGGUUUUGAACCUUACUAAAGAAUUGGAACUGAACGAUAGAGUUGCUGUUGUGACCUUGAGCUUCGACUGGAUUAAUGGAGGUGUUCGUAGUUCUGUUACUGGAUGGGGCAGGCUUGGUGUUACGACAACUGGACAUAUUGUGAUAAUGUAUCCUUAUUCCGAUGAAUUGCAACUUCUUUAUCUAGAAACAAUGUCCCCUCAACAGUGCGCUGCGGCUUUAGACAAAGCUGCCACUACGUGGAACUCCUCACUCGUUUUAGAUUCGGAACUAGAAAUGUGUACCUUGCACUCUGUUGGACAUGGGUUGUGCUAUGGUGACUCUGGCAGCCCGUUGAUAUCCAGGGAAACGGGGCAUCAGAUAGGAAUAGCAUCGUGGGCGCAUCCUUGCGCUCGAGGUGUUCCCGACGUUUUCGCAAGGAUCAACAGCUCCAAAGACUCUUUACUUCCUAUAUUAAGAAGUUAA